AUGUCGCCAAUAGCGGCGGCGGAGCAGGCCGAGCAACUCCGGCAAGACGGCAACACGUACUUCAAGAAGGAUCGAUUUGGGGCCGCCAUUGAUGCUUACACCGAGGCCAUCUCGCUGUGCCCUAACAUUCCGAUAUAUUGGACGAAUCGGGCUCUGUGCCAUCGGAAACGGAAUGAAUGGGCAAGAGUGGAGGAGGAUUGCAAGAGGGCGAUUCAGCUUGAUCACCAUUCUGUAAAGGCUCACUAUAUGCUUGGGCUCGCACUUUUGCAAAAGAAAGAGUAUGCGGAAGGUGUCAAAGAAUUGGAAAAGGCAUUGGAUCUUGGGAGGGUAGCAAAUUCAAAAGGGUACAUGGUAGAAGAGAUAUGGCAAGAGCUUGCACGAGCCAAAUACUUAGAAUGGGAACAUGAAUCAAUCCAGCGUUCGUGGGAGCUUCAAAGCUUAAAACAAGCAUGUGAGGCAGCUCUGAAGGAGAAACAUUUCCUCGAUGGUUCUCAAACAGAAGGUUUUGUAGAUGAACAAGAAAAGUUGUAUCGAAAUCAAUUGGAAGCUUUAGACCAAGUAUUUAACAAAGCUGCCGAAAACGACACUCCAACAGAGGUGCCUGACUAUCUGUGCUGUAAGAUCACUUUAGACAUUUUUCGCGACCCGGUAAUUACUCCUAGUGGGCUGUCAUACGAACGAGCUGUAAUCCUAGAGCACUUGCAAAAGGUGGGAAAAUUCGACCCUAUCACUCGCGAAACUUUAUAUCCAUCUCAGCUUGUACCAAAUUUGGCCUUAAAAGAAGCUGUUAGAGGGUAUCUGGAUGAACAUGGCUGGGCUUAUAGGAUGGAUUGA